CAAGAAGUCAAUCCUCCAAACUUGAGACACGCAGGCUCCAAUCAACAGCAAUUUGUGGCAUUGCUUAAACACAAAAGCAAUCAAAGAGAAGCAGAAAAAAUAUGCCGCUCGCUGUUGUCUGGAAAAUAUUGGAACUUAGAGUUCUGGUUUUACUGAGUUUGGCCUUCCAAAUAAUGCUAAUAGUUUUUGGCAACCAAAGAAAGUACCAAGCAGGUAAGGAGCUACAAUUGGUUGUGUGGGUGGCCUAUCUGUUGGCAGAUUUGGUUGCUACCUAUGUUCUGGGCAUUCUUUCAAAAGACAGCAAAGAUCAUCCAGUACACAUGGCCAUCUGGGCACCCUUCCUUCUUGUGCAUCUUGGUGGCCCUGACACAAUUACUGCCUAUGCCCUGGAGGAUAAUGAGCUAUGGAAACGACACUUUCUUGGAAUAAUGACCCAGAUAUUCGGAGCAGUUUAUGUGGUUUACAGUUCAUGGAAUGGAAGCAAGCUUAAUUAUGUUACCAUUCCAGUUAUGGUGGCAGGAGUAAUCAAAUAUGGUGAGAGGACUUGGUCCUUGUGGUGUGGAAGCAGUGAAAAGUUCAGAGAAUCCAUUCUCCCUCCUCCUGACCCAGGACCAAAUUAUGCCAAAUUCAUGGACGACUGCACUGCAAAAAAAGCUGAAGGAUAUAAAGUUGAAUUGAAGGUCAAAGAUACUUCCACUUUAUCAUAUAACUCUAAAGGAGCAAUAGCAAAUGAAAAUGUACAAGAUGCUUUGCUCUUACACGAUGGAUUCUAUUUCUUUAAAAUUUUUGAGCGCCUAUUUGCAGAUCUCAUCCUUAGCAUUCAAGAACUCAAAAUCAGCCGAAAUUACUUUCAGCACAAUGGCAUGUCAUGGGAGCGUGCGUUUAAAGUAAUUGAGGUUGAGCUUGGAUUGAUGUAUGAUAAGCUAUACACAAAGGCAGUGGUAACAUACUGCGGCCUUGGCUUUGGCUUUGGCCCUGGCUUUUGCUUUGGCCUUGGUCUUGGCCUCAAAAGUGUGACCCUUUUCUGCACCCUCUCUGCGUUUAUUACAUUUUUAUGUCUGACAGAUAAAGCACACAUGGAUUUUGACCAGAUUAUAACUGCUGUGCUUUUCGCUGGGGCUAUUUUACUUGAGAUAUGUGCGGGCAUCAUUUUUGCUUCUUCAAGUUGGACAAUGUUUUGGUUAAGCACGCGCAAGAAUUGGAUAGUUGAUCUUCUCAUCUUAUGUUUUCAAAGAUUUUAUAAAUGCUUACAUGCUAAGAGGUGGUCUAAUCGUAUAUCACAAUUCAAUCUAAUGAGUUUUUGCUUGAAAUGUGAGCUACACGAACGCGUCAAAAUCUGGAAUUGCCAAUCCAAGUAUCAGCUUUUCAAGAAGUUUCACCAAAAACCAGAAACUGUCUCCAAGAAAUUGAAAGAAGUCAUAUUUGAACAGAUUCGGGGUAAGUCUAAGGCUGCAAAAGACAUUGAGAAAUGUAAAAAAUUUUGCGCUCACAGGGGUGAUGGAGUUCUUCGUGCUUUGAAGUGCAACUGCAAUUCCAUUGCCAAGAGCACUGAGGUAGAGUUUGAUCAAAGCCUUCUGCUUCGGCUUAUUGAUUCCAUUGCCAAGACCACCGAGGUAGAGUUUGAUCAAAGUCUUCUGCUUUGGCAUAUUGCUACCGAUCUUUGCCUUUAUUCAGAUAAAUCAGAAUCAGAUGCAAAUUGUGCCGGCCUCCAAAAUUAUCAUAUAAGCAAAUUGUUGACAGAUUGUAUGUUAUGGCUUUGGCAUAUUGCUACAGAUCUUUGCUGUUUCUGUUAUUCAGAUGAAUCAGAAUCAAAUGAAACAGAUACAAAUUGUGCCUGGCUCCAAAAUUAUAAAAUAAGCAAAUUGUUGUCAAAUUAUAUGUUAUAUCUUCUUGUUGAAUGUCCUUUUAUGUUGCCCAACGGAAUAGGACAGAUCAGAUUUAAGGACACGUGUGCUGAAGUCAGUGAAAUUUUGCAAGAAAGGAAGUACAUAUCAGAAACAGAUCAAAUUUGCAAAGUGCUAGAUCGAGUGAGUGUAGAUGAAGAGUUUCCACCGACAAAGGUUAAAGGAGACCGAAGCAAGUCUGUGUUGUUUGAUGCACAGAGACUUGCUAAAUCCAUAAAGUCUUUAGAACAGGAAAUGAAAUGGUCGAAAGAAGAGAAAUGGAGAAUGAUAAGUCGUGUUUGGGUGGAGAUGUUGUGUCAUGCAGCAAGCCAGUGUAGAGGGUUUCAUCAUGCCAAACAGCUUAGCCGAGGUGGCGAGUUGCUUACCCAUGUCUGGCUUUUAAUGGCUCAUUUAGGUAUAACUGAACAGUUGCAGAUUUCAAAAGGUCACGCAAGGGCAAAGUUGUUACUCAGCUAAAAUUGUUUAGUCCAUUUUAUCUGCAAGAUUGAGAUUUUUGUGAGUGUCUACCACUGCAAUGCAACCACAAUUUUGGCCAUAUUGAUCGCAUUUGUCUGUAAUUAUCCAUAAUAUCAAGAAGCACAAUGAAGCUGCAAUGACAAAAGUGGCCGCAAUUUAAAGCCUUGGCCAUGUUACACUACAUAUGUUGUGUUCUAUUAUAAUAGCUUGUAAUUUGUGUGUUGUAUCCAAUAAUAAUAAUACUAUAUAAUGAUGUAAAAUAAUUCCUUGUGUGUUUAGCUUGUAUUCUGCGUUCAGCUGCAUUCAGCGUGACAUUGUACAAUGCUGGAUUAUUGAUUUGUUACUGACAGAUGGCGGUGGCCGGUGAAAUCUUAUGCUCUUGUCUUGUA